GGCUAUGGUUUUUAACUGUGCCAUUUAUUUUCAAACUGCAUGACAAAAGAGAUUCAUUUCCAAAGAUUAAACAUAUUCGCCUCAUUUUCAUCAAAUCGCUGGGGCGUUUGGUCUGCUUUGCAGAUUAUACCAGUCUAUGCUCGACGCCUGAAAGAGAAUAAAAGAAGAAGAAGAAGAAAAGAAAUACUUGGGUGACAAAUAAGAAAAAAAGGUAUGAUAACCUUCAAGUGCAAUGAGAUACAAUUUACAAACAUCAACCAGCCAAUUACAUUACAGAAAAGCAAUCAUUCAUUUCCUGCCAUUUCCUUAAUGAUGCCAUUUAAAAGCUUGAGAUGAAAGUUAGUGUGGCGGAGCAUAAAGCCACACAAAGUCGGGUCUUUGGAGGUGAACUUGUAUUUUAUUUUGAAAGGCAAGUAAUUAUUAUAAAAACAGCUGCAUAAAAUAAAACUGGUUACUGCUGGGCUCGAAAAUGCACACAUUUAUGGGGUUUCCCCCCUACAAAUAAAUUCACAUGAUAUUUCGGUUGGUGUUUCCUUGUUAUGCUCACAAAUAGGAACCCGUUUAUCAUCUUUUUUUGGUAUCUUCAUAUCAUUGUUGAAAGAGUGAAGAUGUGAUCCCGUACGGAUACUGGAUUGCACUCAACCUGCCUCAAAAACAAAGCCAUUCAUGGUGGCAUGUCCCCGUUUUUUUGGAUAGCAGGACGAGUGGGACCCGGGUGUGUGGGUGUGUGUGACACUCUGAAGUUGUCAUGACAAACUUCUGGGCCAAUGAUAAUUUAGGUCUGUGCAAACUCGAAGGCAAAUGGGAGGGUCCGAUCCAAUCAGCGGGGGGAGAACCCUCGGAAGCCCAGCCUCCUGAUUUCAACAGAUUGAAAUGUAAGCCUGUUUCCAGCGCCGUCAGGAAACAGAUCGAGAAUUUUGUCUCUCUUGUUCCUUAUCGCGCAAGAAGAUUUUCUUGGACGCGAUUUUAGACAGUGGACACGCUGGACGCGGAGCAGGAUCCACGCAGGAGGCACAAAGCGGACACCGUAUUCUUCAUUUGCGGCUUUAACACGAUGGAGCCUGCCUUCGGUGAAGUGAACCAACUCGGUGGUGUUUUCGUAAACGGCAGGCCGCUCCCCAACGCCAUCCGGCUCAGGAUAGUGGAGCUGGCCCAACUCGGGAUUCGACCCUGUGACAUCAGCAGGCAGUUGCGCGUGUCCCACGGCUGUGUCAGCAAGAUCCUGGCUCGCUACAACGAGACCGGCUCCAUCCUCCCGGGGGCAAUCGGAGGCAGCAAGCCGCGGGUCACCACACCCACCGUUGUCAAACACAUACGGACAUACAAGCAGAGAGACCCGGGGAUUUUUGCCUGGGAGAUCCGGGACAGGCUACUCGCUGACGGGGUUUGCGACAAGUUCAACCUGCCCUCCGUCAGCUCCAUCAGUCGGAUCCUCCGAAACAAGAUUGGGAAUCUUUCCCAGCAGAGCCAGUAUGAGUCGGGCAAGCAGGCGCCUCAUCCACCGCCACAACCAACGUUACCCUACAACCACUUAUACUCAUACCCGACGUCCAAAGUGCCCACUCCCCCCGGCAUGCCCACCCUUCCCGGACACAUGGCCAUGCACAGGAUAUGGCCUUCCUCGCACUCUGUAACUGAUAUUCUGGGGAUACGGUCUAUUACAGAGCAACAAAUUAGUGACAGUCCAUCCUUUCCCAGCACCAAACUAGAAGAAUGGAGCGCUAUUAACAGGACUAAUUUCCCACCAGCAAGCUCUCCACUAGUCAAUGGCGUGGAUAAGGCGCAUUUAGAACCUGAGGCAAAAUACACACAGACGCCGAAUGGCUUGCCCACAGUGAACAGCUAUGUCACAGCACCCAGCAUCCCUCCCUACCACCCUCCCACCCAAGUGUCACCCUACAUGGGGUACAGCGCCACCACGUCGGCCUAUGUGACCGGACCCACGUGGCAGCCAGCCAGUGGCAAUGCUCUAUCUCCCCACAGCUGUGACAUCGCCACCCCGCUGGCCUUUAAGAGCAUGUCAGCCAACCGUGACGCCAUCCACCCAGUCGCCGCCUCGGCGCUGUGAAGUCAACUCCACAGACUGAUGGGAGAAAGAGGGGUGGGAGGGGGUGAAGGGGAGUAGGUUGGGUGAGACACGGAGAGGACAUUCAACUCCAAGUCUGUCCAUGGUGGCAAUUGUUUUCCACUCCCACUGCCACCUUUCUAUGAAGGACUCGGCCCCAGGACUCAUAUUUGCGCCACUGGGUAUAUGAUGCCCCUCCGAGCUAAGCGCAGUCAGACCAAAGACACACGACGAAUAAAAAGCCUGUCAGUUUUUACAGCAAAUGUGUUGUCUAAAAGUACUUGCAGGACAGGUGUUCCAAAGACUGACAUAUGACUGCUACACCAUCCAUCAACAUAAUUCCUCUCAGAUUCUUUACUGCACAUCUGCAAAUGUCUCUGGGCAAAAUGGGGUAAUGUAUAACUUCAUGAAUACAGAAUCAAAGAAAAGGGAAAAAAAACUUUACAUUAGUGUUUCAGGGUGCUUAAUAAUAAUAAUAAUUGCUAUUGUUUUUUUAUGUUUGUAUGCUUUUUGUUUAUGAUUUGAUAAAAGUAACUGUGUUAUGGAGCGUUGUUUUCCACUUCUCUAAAAGUGUAGCCUAUGCAAGAGCUUCAAAGGGAAGUUUAUUUAUUAGAUUAAGGUACGUUGAAUGAAGUGCAAUUAGUCUUACAGAAAGCAUGGAAAUCUCCACGCACAUUUAGACAGAAUUGGCAUUGGGCACAUUGGAGUCUAGAGCAUUAACAUAAUUAAUUGUCAAAUGUUGCACAAUGAAAUUGAAUGUAUCUUAUUAAAUUGUUUGGCUUUUAUUGGUCUACGUGGAGUUUUCUGGCUGUUUGGGGAUUCCUCAACACUUACUGUAUUAUUCGGAGAACAGAAAACAAGUGCACCAUCACAGCUAAAAAUAUUUCAUCUCUUUUUCUUCAAGCUAUUCUAGACUCAGGGCAUUGUGGCCUACUGGCCUGUUUUACAUGAGCAGGAAACUGCUUUCCAUAAAAGAAAAAAAAAAAGAAAGACGUGUGCACGCUGACAAGGCCUGUAUUUUCUAUUACCAUGCGUCAUGGCUCACUAGGAAACUUCAUCAGAAAUGCUUUGGGAGCACGAGUGUUUGCGACCACUUGAAGCAAUUCUUUGAAAGUCCUUUGGCCAUUAAAAAUGGGUACAUGUCUUCUCACCUCAUUACAUUUAAUGCGGUCCUUUCUGUAAUCAUAAAAAAUUAUACCUGUGCAUUAGAGUGACAAAAACACAAUUUGAGUAAUUUGGGUUCGCACUAUUUUAACGGAUUAUUCCCAUAAAAAAUUAUAAAUAAAACAUAAAACACAAAUGAAUAAAAUGUGCAAAAUAAGAGAAACUUGGACAUUUCUGAAAAAAAAGUCAAAAUGCAGUGUAUAUUUAUACUUUCAAACAUAUAAUAUUAAUUCCAGUAAAGCCCUGCUGUCUUUAAAAAAAUAAUAAUAACAGCCUAAUGCCAUGCAUUACAAUUUUCAACCAUUUUAAAUCAGAGAAAUUUUUUCAUAUGGUUUUGUGGGAAAAAUAUUAAAUAAAAAUAUCAGUUUUUCAUACAAAUUUGAGAUCUGUGUGCCGAAGAGUCCUAGACUCCUGGGGUCAGGUGGAGUCCAUGUACAUUGAGAGAGCCACAAAUAGGCUCAUUGGCCUGCGGUUUCCAAGGUCAUCAGACAUGUGACCCAAACACGAACCUCCAGCAGCCACAUAAAGGGCCAAAUAGGGCUGUCAGGGCCAACUCAACGUGUUCAUUACAAAGGAAAAGCACACAGGCCAUCUGACAAAUGACAUGUUUGCAAAAUGAUGCAAAAAUACUUUCUGAAAGUGUAGAGGGGGGAGUGUAGUGUAAUAAAUUAUGAGUCUGGCAAGCCCUGUCUAGCCCUGCAGUGGAAACCACAGAUUUACACAAACUGGGCUUUAGUUGAAGUUGUAGAUUGAUAACUUGAUAUAGGUGCUUACCCAGCUCUUUCGCAUAGCAUUACCUGCUGCCGAUGGUUCAGUAGUUGCGUGGCUCAGUUUUUCUUUCCCUCCCGCGAUACAGCAUAAACAUCCUCUGCACGUGACAGUGUCAACAGUCCUCCCCAUGCAGGAGCUGAUUUGACUUGGAAAGCAGUCUUCCCCGCAUCCAGUGGUCACGGACCGUUGCUCAGGGAUCGUAGUGUUUCUUUGACCGUAUGUGAACCACAUCACAGAGACGUGAUCUUCACUCACUGUACCAGCCAGCCAUCACGGCCACCCUUUUACCAUCCACCAUCCAUCAUGAACGGCAAAUGAUAGUUAACUCUCUGAGUGGCAUGAAAGAGUCGUUACACGCUCUGUUCUUUACCUCAGCCGACACACAACAAGGCCAAACAACUUUUCCUUUCAACUAAGCUACAUGAACUGCACACAGCCUUGUUAGUCUAGUCUGACUCACAGAACAAAAUUAAAAUGUGGUUGUCUUAAUUGACAACAGUAUUCAAAAAACAGGAACAGUGUGUUUUCUAGACAGGAGGAAGCUUCUCGAAAGCCUAACAAUCCCUGCUCUUGUAGUUUAAUGUUGGUCAGCUUUAUGGAAAGAGAGGUCUAAAAGGCGUACUCAAAAAAAAAAUAAUAAGGGCAGACACGUGUUUACAAUUAAUUAAGUUGAGUCUGACUUCAGUGUCAUAUGGUUAUCUUUACUUCUCCGCAUGCAAUUAGAAGCAAGACAGCCAUUUACAGAGUAACACAGAGCAGAGAAAGUAAUACCGGCUGAAUACAGGACUUCAUGCGUGCUUCUGCUCAAUGAACACUUUUAAAAGCAGCUGACAACAGCCAGAAUGUUUUCUUAAUGUCUUAAAACAACAACAGUGAGGAGACAGGUGAGCAAAAUGGAAAAAAAUAAGUGCCGUGUUUUUAAAAAUCACGUCUGGUGCCGUGUCUUUGUGUGUGUAUAUGCAUGGCUGACUGCUUUUUACCUACAGUGUAAAUUGCAGACAUUUUAAUAUACUAAUCAUUAACCACAUUUGCACUGAGAAAGGCAGGUAGAGCCAUGCCCAAGUUGCAGCCCUGUCAAAGCGGAGCCACUGAAUUGAGAUGUUACAGAUGAGGGUGGGAAAAUCCAUAUAAAGGGCGCAAAGAAAAUGACGUGAGGGAGAUUUUGCUGUGCAAGAUUUAUGAUUAUUGCAGUGUGCAGGGAAUUCAUGGUAAAGUUGCACAAGCUUUUAAAAUACAGAUACAGAUUCAGAACUCCAUUACAUAAAGGACAGGUUAAGCGCUUACAAUUCCAUCAGUCUGCAAGCCGCAGUUGUUAGUCUCUCACCGCGGGCCCCUGGGCAAAAACCAGGAGCCGUUCCAUUUUGGCAGAGAGUGACUCCCACAUUAAUGAUGACUGUCAAAUGCCAACGUGGCUCACUAUACCAGCUACCAGAUGAAGUUAAGAUGAGUCUCUUAGAAAAGCCACUACGCCUAAGGCUGUGCAACAGGUGUGUGUGUAUGUGUUUUUGAAUAUUUGUAUAAGAAACAGACUGAGAGAGAGAGAGAGAGAGAAAGAGAAUGUGUGUGGUAACCCCCUCGAUUCCUGCAGCCACAUUUGAAUUUCUUGGGGCUUGUUAUUUUAGCUUGCACUAAAUGUUCAAGCACUGACUACCCGCCAGAGAGAGAAAGACUGACACUAAGUUGGCUACGAAGCGCUCAGAUGACAAUAAGGAGAGUGAUGAAGUGGCAAACUGUAGAAAGGGGAUAUUCUUAUAUCGAUGCCAAGAUGAAACGGUCCCAGUUAAGACAAAAACAACAACACGAAUCUACUGUUACAGAACACGCAACGCACAAUUAUACAGUGACGAAAGUGUGGGUUUCAUUUUUGCUUUUUAUUUGUUACCAAUACAUGCAAGAACUGUCCAGUUGUUGUUUUUGUUUUGGGUUUUUUUUCAGAAAGGAAAAUCCACCCAACGUUUUAUCAAUAAAACCUUGAAAACAUAUAAAACUCUGAUUUUUUUUUGGAGGUACAUUAAAAACAGAACAACCCCAUUGAAUACUGUCCAUUUUCAUGGUGCAGGGUUAAUGUUGACAGUGGCAUGCUGCAAGCCAAACCUUCAUAUUUUCCAUAACAUGAGCAACUAACUUGACAAAGCCAGAAAAUGAUUUUAUUGAAAAAACUGAACUGCAUGUUAAAUUAAAAAAAAAACCCAACAACGUGGAAAACAGGAAGCUCCCAAAAAUGUUGACAGUUUUGUGACUGAUUGUCUCAGGGAGGACGGUUCGCCCCCAGCAUCCAGUAUAAUUAUGGAACGACAUCAAAAGAGACUUUGCGAUGCCAUCGGCUUCUGGUGCCACGUUUGAUCCGUGUAUUAAGAACAAACCGUCAAAAAAAUAAGCAUUAAAAGUUUUGCAAUAAGCUUUCA